GGUUUCGUCUGUCAAAAAUGCCGGAGCAAUUGAAGAUAUUUGGCCAGUAUUUCGGUAGAAAAUUCGUUCAAGUACAGUACAAGUAUCUGGAAUGCUUGAGGAAUGAAAAGGAAUACUCAACAACGGUAACCGACUCAUCUACCGAUCAGACUUCUUCUGUGACGGCAUAUGACGCAACAAGCAACAAUUUACCGCAGAUUCAUGUCGGAACCGAACUGAUUGUCGGCCUUGCAAUCGCCAUCGGAUUACUUGUCAUAUCGUGGGUGGUGCUCGGAGUCGUUAUUAUACGAAACCGGUCAAAGGCCACCUCACGCACCCCGGAUGUCAAAGUAACUGAUGCGGAAGAAUCAAAUACUCGUGAAAUCGUGGUCAAUGCAAUAUAUGGAGAAAAUUUCGACAGAAUGGUAGACGAUUCGCAACAGACUAGCUCGAGUGCUGUGUAUAGCAUGGUUCAUAAAUAA